CUUCCCCCACGCCAAGAGGACGGGAGGCAGAACCCCGGGACGUGCAGGACGAGGCAGAGCUGCUUGACGCUCCGGAGGGUUUUUAAUUUAGAGUGUGCAGUUACAGGGAAGGCAGAGGAGAAGGACUGACUGAUCAGAGCUGGAAAACACACUAAAUACUUACAUUUUUUUCCCCCCUCCACACAUUAAACAGACCAGACGACGCGGUCGGUCAUGGGUGUGAAGAUGCUGCAGUGUUUUCCUUUCUACAGACGGUGCAAAGAGCGCUGCAAGAGCAGGGAGGCCCCCCCGGCAGCAGUUCCCACAGAUGAGGCGAAGCCUCGUCUCUCCUCCACGACGUCCUGGGGCAGCGAGAGCGAGGGAGCGGGGAGCCUCAGCCGGGGAUCCCAGCUCUACUUCUCCACCAAGGCCCGGCUGUCCUUCAGGCACCAGCUGGACAGCAACAUCAACGCGGUGGACGCCACCUACUGAGCAGAGCGGAGAACUGCAAGGGAGGCAAAGGGACUGCGCUUCAUGGAUGGGUUGGGAGUCUACAGGCCGGAGCUUUUGCCUUUCCCCUGAAAUGCUGAGAACUCUUGGAGGCUUUAAGUGAGAGGAAAACAGACUGGAUGUGUCAGAUCAUCUCUAAAAACAACAAGAGUGUGUGUGUGUGAGAGAAAAAGGACUCGUUAUGGGAGAGCAAAGGAUGGUCGUUUACAGCUUUCUUCACCAACAAGUGCAUUACUUUUUUUUGUUAUUAUUAUCAUCAUUGAGCAAGUUUUGUAUUCCGCUUUUUGUGUUUUGAUAUUUGUGAGUUUAAAAAAAAGGCUGUUUUCUCUUUGCUCGUCACGGCUGAUUUUAAACUAACCGUUUUUUUAUUUUUGUAGUUGUAGAGAUUGUCAUGACUAACUGGAUCUGAAGCACACAACAACUAACAUUAACAUUUCACUUUCUAAAUUCACAAGCUUAUAGUGAAUUGCUAAAAAAGUAAGAAAUGAUUUGUCAUAUUUUUUUGUUACAAGGGUCAAAAGGUCCCUGAAAUCGCACAUGAGAAUGUCACUCCAGCUGUUUUAUGCAAUGUUUUGAAAAGGACAAAGUAAACUGAGCCAUACUGCGACUUUUCUAUUUCCAAACUCUCAAAUAUGGAAUGUUUUAAUGGUACUUUAAUGUGCUUUCCUACAAUGAACCUACAUGACGAUAUAUGCGGGGAUAGUUUUCUCACUGACAACCUAAAUUAAUAUAUUCUGAGCUGCAGAGGUCUGCUAACAUUUGUAAUAAAACCUGUUUUUAUAUCAAGA